AUGACUGUGAUAUCUGCACCUCAUCUUUGGAAAAAUACCGCUGCUCCAGGUGUCGAGGAAUUCUAUCCCUUAAAUGAGCCUCCAAUCGGGACGCCUUAUUCAAAAGAUGAUUUCCCUCGAAAUAAGUUGAUUCCAAAGCUGUUUCAGUCUCUACAUAUUCGAGGCGUCGAGUUUAAGAACAGAAUUUGGGUGGCACCAAUGGCCCAAUACUCUGCAGUUAAUGGCCAUAUGACUGAUUGGCAUCUGGUUCACCUGGGUGGAUUUUCAGUCCGUGGUGCCGGAGCUGUCAUGUUCGAAGCAACGGCGGUUACCCCCGAGGGGCGACACACUCCUGAGGACCCUGGAAUCUGGUCUGACACCCAUAUCGCACCAAUGAAGCGUAUAGUGGAUUUUAUUCAUGGGCAAGGUGGGAUUGCUGGGAUCCAGUUUGCUCAUGCAGGCAGAAAGGCUAGUGCACUUGCGCCGUUUGUUUUGGAACGCAGGGAGGGGGCAGGAUACACGGGAACUAGAGCCGACAUUGCAGGAGUCGAAGACGGUGGUUGUCCAGAACGCAUAAUCAGCUCCAGCGACAUUCCUCACUCAGAGAGAUUUUUCCAGCCACGAGCAGUGACUGAAGAAAACAUGAAAGAGAUCCUUCAGGCAUAUGCUGACGCAGUGGAAAGGAGCAAGAAGAUUGGCUUUGAUUUCAUCGAGAUUCAUGGCGCUCACGGAUAUCUCCUUCACUCGUUCUACUCUCCCAUAUCCAACAACCGUACCGACAAGUACGGUGGCUCGCUCGAAAACCGUCUGCGCUUCCCGCUCGAAGUGAUCCGUACCGUCCGUGCAGCUUGGGACAAGCCUCUGUUCUUCCGUUUCUCAGCUACAGACUGGGCUGAGACCGAGAAGAACGAGAGCGGAGAAUGGGUGAGCUGGGGCAUCGAGCAGAGCGUGGAGCUAUCUAGGAAGGCACAAGCCGAGGGAGUCGAUCUCGUAGACGUGAGUAGUGGCGGCAACUAUUCGAAGCAACAGAUUUCUUUAGGAACCUACCAGGUGCCAUUCGCCGCUAGAAUCAAGAAAGAACUUCCCGAUCUGUUAGUGGCAGCCGUGGGACUGGUUACUCAACCUCAUCAAGCCGAAGAGAUUUUGCAACAAGGAAAAGCGGACGUGGUCCUAUUUGGACGUGAGCUACUCCGGAAUAUCGACUUUCCGUUAAAAGCCGCUCAAGCACUAGGUGUGGUGGUAAAGCCGGCAAUCCAAUACGAGCUUGGCUGGAGGGUACCGGUGGUUCAGGGGGACAAUUCUACGUGA